ACCUAGGCGAGCUUCUUACACUCAGAGCCGGUAGCCAACAUCCAUCUUAAAGCUAGCUUGGGAUUGUAAUUCUUUGCUGCGCGCAUUAAUCAAUAUUUUUCAUGAUGGCUAGCUAUGUUAAUAUCUUUAAGUUGGUUUGCUUCGUGGCUGUAGCGUGCAUGGUGGUAGGUGCACCAAAGGGCUCAGAAGCUGCUAUAUCAUGUGGGCAGGUGGUGAGGUACCUGACCCCAUGCGUUUCUUAUGUAGCAAAUGGUGGGAGUGUGCCGGCUACGUGCUGCAGUGGGAUCAAGACCCUCUACAGCCUGGCUCGCACCACAGCUGACCGUCAGGGCGUUUGCAGUUGUAUAAAGCAAGCUGUCAGCGGAGUUCCAUACACUCCUUACAACCUUAAUCUCGCAGCUGGGCUUCCCAAGAAAUGUGGAGUCAAUAUUCCUUACAAGAUCAGCCCCUCUACAGAUUGCAAAAGCGUUAAGUGAUCUGCAGAUAGAUAGAGGCAUCGUAGAAAUCAAGUUGGGUUAGCGUGAGAUUAAAUAUCGGUGCCUUUGUUCACCGGGGGAUUUACAAGACUUGCUUGAUUUUCAUCUUUCUCUGUACUCGUAAUUUCAUCGACUAGAAAUGGGUCUUGUUUAUAUAUAUAUAUAUAUAGCCUGUUCAUAUAUUUCUCUGUUAUAUAUGGGUCUUGUUUAUAUAUUUCUCUGUUAAAUAUAUAUAUAUAUAUAUAUAUGCGCUAAGUCGUCGGUCUUCUUGAGUUAAGCUGCUACCAUGUACGCACUUUGCUUACGUAGGAUAUAUUAUUCAUGGCAAAGGCCAGAGCAUGUUUCUGAUCCAA